AAAAUAUAAAAACAGAAAUCACGAAAGAGAAACCAGAUUGUAAAACCGAAAAAAUGGAAACUCAGAAAAUUGCAAAAAACGAAAAAAUAAAAAAAAAUCGUUACGACACCUGUCAAGUGACAACCAAAAAAUCCCCACUAGGGUUUUUCACGCCGCCAAAACUGACACAACUCUACAUAACCUCCAAAACCAGUUGACAGCUGUAAAUGUUUCCCAACCAAGCGAAAACAUCGCAGAGCAGAUUAAGCUUCAACCCUGCACAAACCAACCCCAAUUCAGCCUCUUCAACAAUGACGUCGACGUCCGCAGGCCCGACGUCCAACAACGCGCAAGAAUACACCAUCAAAGUCCCGAAAAACAUCCAAAAACGGUACCACGUGAUGCGCUUCAACGGCACUCUCGACGUAGACUUCGCCAAAUGGACCCAAGUGAAAAUGGAACGCGAAAACAACAUGAAAGAGUACAAAGGAAUCGAUGAAGAACAACCCAAAUUUGGCGCAGGUUCUGAGUUCGGUCGCGAAGCGAAAGAGGAAGCGCGGCGGAAGAAAUUGGGGAUCAUUGCGAGGAAAUACCGGCCUGAGGACCAACCCUGGAUACUGAAAUCGUACGGGAGCACUGUUAAAAAAUUCAAGGGGAUUCGAGAAGGAGGGGUGUCGGAGAAUACGGCGUAUUAUGUGUUUACGCACGCUGCGGAUGGGGCUAUUGAGGCGUUUCCUCUACACGAAUGGUACAAAUUUCAACCUAUUCAGCGAUAUAAAGCCUUGACGGCCGAAGAAGCUGAACAAGAAUUCAGCAAACGCAACAAACAUCUGAAUUAUUUUUCGUUGAUGUUGAGGAAACGUCUGAAGGGGGAGGAAGAUAACGAGAUCGACGAGGGAGAGGAGAAGAGCAAGAAGAACUCAAAAAAGUCAAAGGAUUUGAAAAUUUCUGACAUGGAUGAGUGGAUGGAUAGUUCAGAUGAUGACGGGUCAGACAACGACGAGAAAGAAGAAGCGGAAGAAGAGAAACAAGAAAAGAAGAAGAAAGCUAAAAAAACUGACAUGAAGAAGAAGAAGAAGAAGCGUGAGACUGAUGGAGAAGCGUUUGAAGAUUCAGAUGACGGAGACGGAGAAGGAAGAGAAUUAGAUUACAUUAGCGACAGUACGGACAGUGAACCAGAAAACACGAAUCUAGAAAGUGUAGCCGAAGAAAAGGCGUUGAGAAAAUUGUUAACGUCGGAUGAAGACUCAGAGAACGACUCGGACAAAUCCGAUAAAGAACAAAGCAACGAAGAUGAAGAAAAUAAGGAAAAGGAGGGUGAAAAAACCGAGGAGAACGAAGACAAAGACAAAAAGAAGAAAAAUAAGAAAAAGUCGAAGAAGGACGUGAAGAAAGAAGUGAAGAAAGAGAAGAACGAGUCCAAUAGUGACUUCAGCUCUGAUAGUAGUAGCGACGAGGAAGUAAAAAAGAAGAAAAACGACAAGAAAAUUAAGAAGGAGGAAAAGGAGGCUAAUAGUGCGAAUAGUUCGAGAUCUGCGACACCUACCGACAACAAGAGGAAGUUAAUUAAUGACGUCAUGGCUGGACCGUCUUCGAAGAAAGCGAAAUUGGACUUACCUAACUAUAUUGUGGGAUCAAACGAAUCUGGCAUUACGGAGGACGCCGUUAGGAAAUAUUUAAUGCGCAAACCGAUGACGACUACAGAGUUGCUCCAAAAGUUCAAGUCGAAGAAAACGGGGCUUUCCAGCGAACAACUUGUUAAUAUAAUGACGCAGAUUUUGAAGAAGAUUAAUCCUGUGAAGCAGACUCUGAAAGGGAAGAUGUAUCUGUCUAUUAAAUCUUGAUUUUGUGUAAUUUAUUUAAUUUUAUUAUUAUUAUUGAUGGUGUAAUAUAUUUAAGAUUUAUUAAUUAUGGAAUUAUGUAUAUUAUGUAAUGUUGGGUAUCACUGAAUUAAAUAAUUG